AUGUCGUCCUCCAGGCUAGUCUCGUGGUUUCCCCACCUCAAGACGCCCGUCAUCAUCAACGCGCCGAUGCUCGGCUCGGCGGGCGCCGCCAUGGCAACUGAAGUCCACAAAGCCGGCGGCUUCGGUUUCAUCGCCGCGGGCUUCGACUUCUCAGAGUCCUCCGCCCAGCUGACGGACCUGGAGGAGAACCUCGGCCGGGCGCGCGCGCUGCUCUCGCUGCCGGCCGCCGACGGCGCCGGCGCCCUCCCGCUCGGCGUGGGCUUCAUCACGUCCCACGAGACGGCGACCCGCUUCAACGCCAACGUGGUCCCCAUCCUCGCCCGCCACCGC